AAAUAAGAUAACUUCCUGUUGAGCUUCCGCAAGGGAUUAAUCACGAGUUAAUCAAACCAAGAAAAAUUAAGUUGUGAAAAUGGCUUCAAAUAUAAAGAAAGCAAGUUCUAUUAUAAGGAGAUCUUUUCGUACAAAACGUUAUGCCUUACUUGAUAUAAAAGAGAAUUGCUAUACCGAUGUUUCACCACAAAAAACAGGUUCGUCAAGCAAACAAGAUUCAUUGCCAACUUUUCGACAAAGUCGUGUUGGCUCCAGCAGCUCAAACGAUGAAAAUCAGACUUCUGAAAAAACAUCAAGCCAGUCUGAAAGAGGUCUAAGAAGAUCUAAUGUCACCCAAUCGAUGCGAGAUGCUGUUGGUACUAUCAGACAGGUAGGUUAUGAAAGAUAGACCUAUUUAAUGUAGGUUAAUUAGUAAAAUAGAAGAGAUGCCAUUUUUUUCCAAUAGCCGCAAUCUAGGUUAACGAGACCAGUUAAUUCUGUCACUAAAUAUAAUUAAAUGUAUCCCUAAACCUAACCUGAACCCUAAAUGUGGUAAAACUCCCAUAUAGCGUCAAUAAUUACAUUUUAAGACAGACGGCAGCCACUACCAUACCAGAAAUACUUUAACUUUAGCAGAAAACAGGAUGUUUCUAUGUUAAAAAAAUGUUUAAUCCACAACAAUGGCAGAAAAACCAUAAGCGUCAAAUACUAUUGUACCACCCCAUAAAAUACUGAGUAAAAACGACAUGUCACAUGUUAAAUGAAGUGUGGGGAUUGUCGACGCUUUCACCACACUUGCAACAACCUGAUUCAGCAUUACAGUGAUGUGAUGCCACAAUUUGAUUCACAACUCAGUAUCAUGCAGAAUACGCAAUCAUCCAUGCACAUUGAAUCAGUACCAGCAGGGAAUUGAUGGGCAUGCUACUGUUGUGGGUACGGCCUAUCUAUGCGAAACAAUUCUUUUUUUCAUGCAGUCAGUGAGUUAUUACAACAAAUUGUCACCAUGGUGUAUUGUUGGUCGUAUGAUAAUGAUAUGCCCCUGAUACAGCACGAGGCAGCUAUUUCCGAAAAACUUGUUAUUUAUUGGUGCAAUAGACGUAAAUGGAGAAGUAUAAUUGUGGAGAUGGAUGAAACGAAAUAUUUCCACAGGAAAUCAGUGGCGGGAUGGCCACUGGGUCUUCGGUGGGAUCGAGCGCGGCGGUGCUUCUUGUUCGAAGUGCCAGACAUACGCACAGACACACUACAAGCCAGUAUAGAGACACACUACAAGCCAGUAUAGCUUGCCAUGGACACACAUCGUUUCCUAUGGCUGGGCUGCAUACAUAGAUCAAAUCGGCACGGAAUAUGCAAGCAUUCUGUUGUUGUUCACAACGUAAUUUCGUGGAUCCUGAUGACAUCGAAGUGCAUACCCAGAACAACGAAAACAUGUGGAUGAGAGCCACGUGGACCGUGGAAGUUGAGAAGACAAUUUGGACCUAUUCGUGGAUUGUUUCCAUCAUAUCUGCAAGAAUUAGCUUAUCGCAACCAGUUUCGGCGCACAGACAUGUUUCCGAACUUCCUGAUUACACUUGUUGAUAACUAUCCGUGAUUAGACAGUCUGUUGUUCAGAGUAAAAUGGUGCUUUAAAUAAAAUUGAAACUGUUAACUACGGCUUUGUUGGGUGUAUUUGCAUGUUAUUAAAGCUGUUUUGGGUCAAUUUUAAUGUUAAUUACCGGCGCUGUAACUGAGUUUUACCCUAAGUGUAUCCCUGAACCCAAAUUCACAGCAACUUUAAUGCACACGCAAAAGACGUCAUGGCAUCCUUUCCCCGUUUUAGUCAUACUAAUAACUAAUCAACAGGGCCUGGGCACUGAGUGGGGUGGGUUGAGACAUAAUUAUAAUAAUUUAAUAUUCAAUUACCAGGGCUCAAUUAUUAAUUGCGACUAUUGGCAUUUCCUAUUUCCACCCCUUUUGCCGAAAACACCACUGCCAUUGUCAACAGCAAUAUUUUUAAUAUAAAUUAAAACUUAAUUUUUCAUAUUUAUACUUUCCAUUUGUCACCACAUUGUGUAACUAGCCAAAAUGGUGAGCUGAGGUUUAGGGAAGAGAGCAACUUCAGGUCAUUGAAUCUGAAACUUCUUGCAGCAUACAAUAAAGCUGCUAUGGCCCAUGGCUAUGUUAAUGUUCAACACAAAAUGAAUUUAUCGGUUGAAUUUACUUCUGGAAACGGCGCAACAACAUGUUGCUGACACUUCUGGAUGCAUAUGUAGAAGGAUACAAUAAAGUUGCUACGUUUACAUUAUUUAUACAUGAGGAAGGAAGCAUGCUUCAUUAGUGCAUUAUCGUUACCGGUAUGCUUAUGUGCUUUGCACUCUGCCCAGCACAUUAGGCCAGUAUGUUUACAACGCAUCUCUUCCUACCCAUUGCCAUCACCAGCCAAUUGUAAAAUUAACAUACUUUCUUUCUUGGAACUAUUUCAAAUGGAUUAUAACUUACAAUGAUUUCAGUAUAUUCCAUGUGAUAGUAAUGACAGUAUUAAGUAUUAGCUCUAGCGGUAUAAGAGUCAAGAAUAGAAAAUUUUAGCCCUAAGCUUAGCUUAGAAGAUAUAUAUUGUUAACUAGAAAUUUGCUAAAUUUUAAUUUAGCCUGUAGUAUGAUCAUCUUAAAAUACAGUACUUUCUUGAUAUACAUUUUACCUUGUAAGUUAUAGGCCUUGAAAUUACAUAGUCUCUAUAUCUUUUCCUGUUUACUGCAACAGUAAUGUUUUCAUAAGCUAUUAUAGCAAGUCUCUAGACUUCGUAAAGAAUGUUUUCAAUUGCAAAUUAUAAUUUUUUUAAAACCUUCACUUAUUAGAAAUUGAGGAUGUCAACUCGAAGAAGUCGAGUUAACAUCACACCCACCAGAGCUGGUAAGCGACGUCACACUUUGGCGGGGCAUGAUGUUAAAAUGUCUUCUCCCUUCAAAAUUGACACACCCUCAAAAUCAAGACAAGGCAGAUCACAAAUCAAGACUUGGUAUCUAUACUAUUUAAAAUUAUAUAUGUCAUUAAUUUAAUUUUUAUGAGCUUAUUUAUUGAUGCUCUUUUUUUUUUCAACAUAUGCAAAGUGAUAUCUAACUAUCAACAACCUACUAAUUUAUUUUGAUUUACGGCCAUAUCCAUUUUGGGACUGUUAUUUAUUUUAUUAUUUUUUUAAUCCCUAUUAAUAACGUUGUGCAAGAUUUCCUUACUUUCCAUUCUAAAUUUACUCUUGUUAACACCUUUUAGGGCUUCAAAAUUGCUAUAAAUCAAAACUUCUAUUAAAAAAAUGUGGGCCAUAAGUUAAGCUCAGCGUUACCGUUUCUUUAGCUGAUUAUAAUUAAUGUUCACAUGGACAUACAUUACUCUCAUAUUUGUAUGUGAAUUGUUUCAGCCUGUCAAUGGAAACACCCACACGGUUGAGACGUGAAGUUGAGGCUCUGACAGCCAAUAUGCAAGCUUUGAGUGCUCUUACACCGAACACAUUGCAAACAAGAGCAAAUGCAAGGUAAAAGUUAUUUUUGACAGUAAAUGUAAAUGUUUAUUAUAGUAUAUCAUGUAUAUUAUAUAGUAGUUUGUUUCUAAUUUAUUAUACAACAUUAACACAGAUCAUUUUCAAGUAACCGCACAAACAAAUAGAAUGAUAAUGAUUUUAUUCAGAUAGUUUUUCUGUUGAGGCAAAUAGUUCACAUUUAAGUCACCUUAGCCCAGUAGAGUACACAAUAUAUUUUAUAAACCGAAAUGUGUGGGCCUGGAAAAAAUCCAUCAUUUCACCAGUCCGCUCAGAAACUGGAGCCCUAGGCCAAGGAAGUACUUCCUGACUUACAGCUCUUUUUUCCAUCCAACCCAAUCUGGAAUCCUUCUAUGAAUACACACAAAAAGAAGAUAUUUACUGUGUAUUUAAAAAAUUUUAAAGAUAUGCUUCAAUUUCCAUUAAACUGAAUGUACAUUUUCAUGAAAUAUUAUUAUUGUGUGGUAGAUUUGCCACAACAGCUAAUUUUUUAAAAUUGUUUUUAAUUAAAAGUUAAGAACCUGCCGUGGAUGAUGCCAAAACUAUACAUUUCUUUGUUUGUCCUCUACUCAACAUUAUUCUUCCAAAACAAAUUAAACUUGGUUGAUUUAUAUUUUUUUCUCAGGAAAACGCCACCUCUCACAAAUGGCAGUUUAAAGACCCCAAGAUCAUCUCGAAAACGAAUUACAACUGACAUCUUUUAAUGGAUUCUUUUUGUUCAACUGUUUGCCUGUGUGGUAAUUGUCAUCUUGACUCCAUCUGGAUCAUUCUGUGUCAUGCAGUAACAAAGAUGAUUUGCAUAAACAGAUUAGGCAUCUUUUUCACACAUGUUAGAUAUGGAAUUAACUCCAUGUUAUUGAGAGAUUUAUUUAGUAUUAUUAAAUUAAUUACUGAAAUACUUGCAUUUUUUAUCCCUGGCAGUUGCUUUGUAAAUAUUUUCUCCACCUUUUAACUUAAGAAGAAGAAUGCCAUAAAAGUAUUAUGUAAAAUCCUUGGUUAAUGUAAUGGGUCCUGAUCUGAAAGAUAUUUAACUAAAACAUAAAUUACCAGUAAUAAAUAUCUCUCAAAUAUGGUAUGGACAAAAAAGAAAAUCCCCAUAAAUUCAUUGAUUUCAAUAAGAUAAUAAUACUCUAGUCUGUAUAUUUUGUACAUAGUUACAUAUAUCCACGAAUGCCAAGGAAUGCUUAUAGUUAGUCAUCUUUCAGUAAUUGUCAAGCUUAAGAAACAGAAUUUCUCAAGUAAAACUAUGAAUAAUUACAAAUGAUUUUCAUUUAAUAUUAUAUGCAAGAGCUUGUGGCUUUAGAUUUCAUAUGCAGGUGAACAGUGAAAGCAUAAUUAUAGAAAAUUUAGCAAUCUUUUCAAUGGUGCAAAUGUCAUUUUCACGACUUACCUGUAUAUGUACAUAAAUAGGGUAAAAAUUAGCUAUUUGAAAUAUUAUUUAAUUACUUAUGUCUAUUUCUAAUUUCUGUUGACUUUUUAACAAAAUUGAAAGUUUUAAGUUUAAAAAGAUAAUUCUAUUCUAAUUAUUCUGUUUGUUAUGUAACUAAUUACUGUACUGGUAUAUCAAUUAGGCUAUUGCUCUUUUUUCCUCUAAUAUAGAUAUUAUUGAUAACUUUAAAAUAUCUGAAGCAAGUGUAUUUGAUAAGAUAUAGAUUGUUUUGCCUUUUUAAAAAAAAAUAUCCUUUAUUUCAAAUUGUAAUUUUCACAUUUAAUUAUAUGAUUUGUUACAUCUCUUCUAUUGAUUAGGUUGUGUAGUGUAUUUUUUUUAUAGUGUUUUUUUGUUUUCCUGACACUCAAUAGCUCAGUAAAAUGUAGUCCCCUUUGAUGCAUGUAAAAUGUCUUAAUGGUUAACAUUUUUUAAUGCAUCUUUAUAAUUUAAACUAUGCAUGUGCAAAUAUUCAAUUUUUACACAAAAUCUGCCUUUUAUUUUCUAUCUCCGUGACAUUUUACGAAUUGCCUUGUGGCAAGUGAACAUUGUACUGUAAAUGUAAAUAUGGGUUUAUAAAAUGGAGCUGGCUGUUACAUCAAAGUUCAAGGUUAAAUCAUUCGAUGCUCAUACACACACACAGUUUAGAUGUCACUGGAAAUAUUGGAGAGCUUGUCUGCAAAUUUACUUUGAGCCAGGUGAACACAAACUAAGAGUUCAUCAUCUUCCAAAAUAUCUGAACUUCUGAUUUUCUUUAUUUCUAGGUUGUGCCUCAGACUUAAAAUUUUAUCUAGACUUUGACUUUACAAAUUCAUUCAGUUUACAACCCAUGCAUGUAAUUUGUUAAUAUUCUUAGUUUCUCGAUUAAUUUUUAAUUUUCAUUGAUCACUUUACUGAUAAAAAAAUAUCAAGUGUGUAAAUUAAGUAUGAUAGAUAAGUUUGUAGUGAUUUUGGGAAAGCUCAACAUUUAUAAUUUGUACUUUUAUUUAAUAGCUGUACCCAAACAACCUUCUUUUUAGUUCAAGGCAUUAUAUUUAGUCUCUUUUCGAAGUUGAAAUAUUUCUUUUGAGGUCGAUCGCUUGUUUUUUUUAUUUUUAUCCUUGAACUAUGGUAGUGUUUACUUUAACUUGUUAGCUGUUUCAUAAGACUG